AUGGAGCCCGGCAAUGUGCACAGGGUCUCUCUCUGCUCCCGCCGGGCCGGUUCCCUCCUGGGGACCUCCUUCUGCCUCAGCACGUUCGGCCAGCUGAAGCUGUCCAUCGAGGUGCGGGGCCGGAUGCUGGUGCUGCACGUCAUGGAAGCAAAAAGUCUGAUGGGAACAGAAUGCCGUGCAUGUGACUCGUAUGUGAAGAUGUCCAUUGUGCCAGAUGCUGACUGGAAGUGCAGGCAAAAGACGAGGACUGUGCCAGACAGCAAAAAUCCUGUGUUCCACGAGCACUUUGUGUUCCCUGUGCAAGAGGAGGAUGAGCAGAAGCGACUCCUGGUCACAGUCUGGAACAGAGAGAGGAAUUCCAGGCGGAGUGAACUGAUCGGCUGCAUGAGCUUUGGUGUGAAGUCCCUCCUGUCCCUGGACAAGGAGAUCAGUGGCUGGUAUUACCUCCUCGGGGAGGACCUGGGCAGGACCAAGCACCUGAAGGUGGCCAUGAGGAGGUUGAAGCAGAACACAGAAGUCAAGCCAGGAAGUCCAAGUGCAGCCCAGGAGAGGCAGGAUGCUGUGACCCUGCAGCAGCUGAAGAUCACGAUCCCUCGGGGCACUGAUGGCUUUGGCUUCACAAUCUGCUGUGAUUCCCCAGUCCGUGUGCAGGCAGUGGACUCUGGUGGCCCAGCAGAGAAGGCAGGUCUGCAGCAACUUGACACGGUGCUGCAGCUGAACGAGCAGCCUGUGGAGCACUGGAAAUGUGUGGAGCUGGCACACGAGAUCCGGAACUGUCCCACAGAGAUCAUCCUCCUGGUGUGGAGGCUGGUGCCUCAGGUGAAGCCAGCACACGAGGGCAUGACCCGCAGGUCCUCCUGCAAAUCCUCCUACGACCUGCAGUCCCCUCCCCACAAGCGGGAGAAGAACUGCCCCGUGCAGGCGGAGCAGCGCCGCAGCUGCCACAUCCUCUACGAUGGCACCGAGGGGCUGGGGCUGCACACCUGGGACAGGUACACGGAGCUGGGCAAGCGGGGCCAGAACACCCUGCCAGCCCUGUCCCGGGUGCCCUCUGCUGCAGACCAGAACUACAUCAUCCUGGCUCCUCUGAACCCUGGCAGCCAGCUGCUGAGGCCGGUGUAUCAGGAAGACAGCACUGCUGUGGGGAAUGGCUGUAAAGGGAAAUCCCACACAGGCUCUGGGAGGAAAUCCAGGCUGAUGAAGACUGUGCAGACCAUGAAGAGCUAUGGGAACUACCAGAACUGCACCAUAGUGAGGCCUCACAUCCCCCAUUCCUACGGCACCUACGUGACCUUGGCUCCCAAAGUGCUGGUGUUCCCCAUCUUUGUGCAGCCCCUGGAUCUUUGCAACCCAGCCCGGACUCUGCUGCUGUCGGAGGAGCUGCUUCUUCUCGAGAGCAGGAACAGGACUACACAGGUGACUCUUUUUGUCUACUCCGACCUGCUGCUCUUCACCAAGGAGGAUGAGCCUGGGCGCUGCAACGUGCUGAGGAACCCUCUGUACCUGCAGAGUGUCAAGCUCCAGGAGGGUUCAGAAGAUCGCAAGUUCUGCAUCCUUUACCUGGCAGAGAAGUCGGAGUGCUUAUUAAGUUUGGAGGCUUACUCCCAGGAGCAGAAGAAGAGGAUCUGCUGGUGUCUGGCUGAGAACAUCACCAAGCAGCAACAUCCGGCAGCAGCUCCUACAGAGAGCAAGAUGCUGGAGACGGACUCCGAGAAGCCGGGGCAGAUGCACUCAGAGGAUGGGAAGGCAGCAGUGGGUGCCCCUCCGGCUGCCAAGGCAGCGGCUCUGACCGAGCCCUGGGAUGCUCUGGCGCCCACCCAGGCUCCUCUCCUGGUGGAAAAGCAGCCGGUGGCCACCGCAGAGAAAGAGGAGCAGCCCAGCUCCCUGCCAGCCUUUGUCAUCCCCGAGCUGCGGCUCGACAGCACCUUCAGCCAGAGUGCGGCGGGCACGGCGGGCAGCGCCACGGACGGCGAGGACGAGGAGGAGGAUGAGGAGGAAGACGAGGAGGAGGACGAGGAGGACGAGGACAGCGACGAGCAGUACCUGGACAGGAACGAGCUGAAGCGCAGCAGCAUGAUCGAGACGUCGGGCGGGCAGCCCGGCUACACCCUGAGCGUGCAGGGCUCCCUCCGGCGCCGCACCCACAGCGAGGGCAGCCUCCUGCAGGAGGCCAAGGGCCACUGCUUCACCUCCGACACCACCCUCAACUGCUCCGACAGCCAGGACACCGCCGCGCACUGGGCACUGCCCUCCCCCAGGACCCUCAAGAAGGAGCUCGUCAAAAACGGCGGCUCCAUCCACCAGCUCACGCUGCUCUUCUCGGGCCACAGGAAGCUGAGUGGAGCAGACCCUGAGUGCAGCUGUGAUGAAGGAGACGAGACCUCCCGCAAGAAACGCAGCAGGAGCCUAGCCAAGGACAUGAAGAACCGGCUGGGGAUUUUUCGGCGGCGGAACGAGUCCCCCGGAGCCAACCCCUCCGGCAAGCUGGACAAAGUGCUCAAGUCCCUCAAGCCCACUCCUGAGGAAGCACUCAAGUGGGGGGACUCCCUGGAGAAGCUGCUGCUGCACAAAUAUGGGCUCGCUGCCUUCAGGGCCUUCCUGCGCACCGAGUUCAGCGAGGAGAACCUGGAGUUCUGGCUGGCCUGUGAGGAGUUCAAGAAGAUCAAAUCCCAGUCCAAGAUGGUCUCCAAGGCCAAGAAGAUCUUCGCUGAGUACAUUGCUAUCCAGUCCUGCAAGGAGGUCAACCUGGACUCCUACACACGGGAGCACACCAAGGAGAACCUGCAGAACAUCACCCGCAGCUGCUUUGACCUGGCACAGAAGAGGAUUUAUGGGCUCAUGGAGAAGGACUCGUACCCGCGCUUCCUCCGCUCCGACCUGUACUUGGACAUAAUCAACCAGAAGAAAGGCAGCUCCCCACUGUAG